AUGAACACGAAUGAGCUGCACUUACAGAGAAUAUGGCUGAAUCUCAUCGGCGAUAUUGUACCAAAGGAACCAGAAGAAGAACAAGGAAGUUGUCAUCAAGAGGCAGGGCUGCUGGCCGAGUUCUCUGCCAUCCACGUCCUUUGGCUCCAGGUUACGGCGGUGUGUGUGGACCGGAGUUCAGCCCAUAGGUGUCCUUUUCAUAAAUUUACAGGCAUUGCUUUCUUGCCAGCUAGCAUCUCUUAUCUCAUUGGAACCAAUAUUUUUGGGAUGCUCGCACACAAAAUGGGGAGGUGGCUUUGUGCUCUUCUAGGAAUGAUAAUUGUUGGAAUCAGCAUUUUAUGUAUUCCUUUUGCAAAAAACAUUUAUGGACUCAUAGCUCCCAACUUUGGAGUUGGUUUUGCAAUCGGAAUGGUGGAUUCAUCAAUGAUGCCCAUCAUGGGCUACCUGGUCGACCUGCGGCACGUGUCUGUCUACGGGAGCGUGUAUGCCAUUGCGGAUGUGGCCUUCUGCAUGGGAUACGCCAUAGGUCCUUCUGCUGGUGGGGCUAUCGCAAAGGCAAUCGGAUUUCCAUGGCUCAUGACCAUUAUUGGAAUAAUUGAUAUUCUUUUUGCUCCUCUCUGCUUUUUUCUUCGAAGUCCACCUGCCAAGGAAGAAAAAAUGGCUAUUCUCAUGGAUCACAACUGUCCCAUUAAAACAAAAAUGUACACCCAGAAUAAUAUCCAGUCGUAUCCAGUAGGUGAUGAUGAAGAAUCUGAAAGUGACUGAGAUCCUCAAAAGUCUCAAAGUAUUUAUUGUAUAAAACCGUGUUUCCAGAAGUGAAAUGACUCCUCCGGAACAGUCUUAGUCCUACCAUUCAUCCCUGGUGAAAGCAAAACAACCAAAGGUUAUUCAUUCUUCCAUGGUUGUGAUUGAUUGCCAACAGCCUUAUAAAGAAAAAGCAGCUUUUCUAGGGGUUUGUAUAAAUAGUGUUGAAAACUUUAUUUUACGUAUUUGAUUUUAUUAAAUAUUGUACAAUAUAUUUUGACGAAAUAGAUAUAGUGUAAAUCUAUAAAUAUUUGAAUCCAAAUCAAAUAUAAUUUUUAAAAAACUUACAUUCAUGAACACUUGGGCAAAAAAAUCUAUUUUUUCUGAAUAUUGGUAAUGAGUGUUUAAAAUGAAAGCACACAUUAUCUCCAAGACACUUCCAACACUGAGAAACUAGAAGGAAGUCUGAAAAACAGAAUCAAGACAGCAUAUGUUGUUGUGACACAGUGUGGUUAACUUGUAAUUACUAUCAAUAUAUUUCUGAGCUAAAAGCUAGUUAUCUCAGAUGCAGAGGACAGGAAGUUGAGUCCGUCAUCUUUUGGACUUACCCAUAAUCGUGGCUGGCAUUAGUUUUCUACAGAAUCAUCUACCUGGAAACAGAUGGUUGUAAAUUAUGUAUUUACAUGUCGUGUGGCGGGCAGCAGAUACUAAAGCCAAUAGGGAAAAUAGUAAAUGUUCUGAAAGCAGAGAAAAGCACCCAGAAGUAUAGUUAUGAACAACUAGCUUUCCCUUUCUAGUAUAUAUUUGAUUGUCUUAGGAUGAAAAGAAAAUUGAGGGUAGAUUCACCUUAUACUGUCGAGGUUGUUUAAGCCUAAGAUAUAUUAACUUUUAGAAACUUAGUUCAACUUUUAGAAACUUAAAAGGCUAAUAGCUGCUAUGAUAUGAAAAAAAUCUGACCGUAUCUUUGACCUGGUAAGAGGUCAUCCAAGUGUCUUUUAGGAAUCUAUUAAGUUUUGAAUUGCAACUAUUAUUUUUUAGACUUCUGAAGGUUGUUCACAUUAAUGUGAAAAAUUUUAAACGAAGAUGGAGGAGGAAUGAAAUUAUCUUGAAUCACAUUAGGAAAACAGGUAAAAAUAAUAGGUCAGGACACAUUCCCUUUCAAAGACAGAAAAACCCUAGAAACAUCUAGAAAUGUCUGUGUAUUCUUCUAUCAUCUAGUGCUGUAUAAUGUGGUUUUUCUAAGCAUGACAACAUUGACGUGCCUUUUCAAUUUAACAGCAAAUACUGUGUUAGCACUGUCAGUUGCCAUCAGGUUUUGUAUGAGAUGUGAUUGGAGUGUGCAGAUAGUGUAGAAUGUCUCAGAUAAUACUUGUAAAUUCUAGAGCUCUGCAAUCAACAAAAAUUACCUAAUGUCUGUAUUUUGUUAGCUAAAAUUGUGUUUCUGUUAACUUGGUCAAGGAGCAAAGAGCUUUAGAACAAGGACUCGACCUCUAAGAGUAGCUGGUACUUUCUUUCCAUUUGCUUUAUGAAGCUUCUCUGUAGCUUUAUGAAGCUUCUUGGAGUGACUUGAAAUCUGGUGUUCAAGUGCAGUGUGGUGGAAGCAAACAAGUUUCCUAUUCACAUAUUUGCACCGGGCAACUUACAAAUCUCUGAUAGCACUUUCAUAUGGCUAACGUAAACCAUCAGGAUUGUUCUCUACUCCCACAGGGGAGACCCUGCAAGAACGUGCUGCAGAUCAAUUCUCUUAGAGGGUUGGUGGCUCUCCCUGACCACAAUACUGUAUGAUUUACUCCAAUUUCAUUCUUGCCUUUAAGGCUUCAGUCUCUUCAAGAAUGACUGGCAGAGGCAUGCCCACUGUUGAUCUCUAGAAAGAACGUAAAAGACGUGAGUGUUUCAGAACUGUUUUGGGAGCAAAAGUAUCAAUUAUAUCUGAGGGGGAUAAUUACAAGGUCUUUUAUAGGACUAAAAUUCUGGCCUUAGCAAAACUGUGAAGUGAGGCUUUUUUUCUCAGUGUAUCAGAACCGUGAACAUACAGCUCCCUGAAUGUUUUUUUGAGCAGAGGUGGGUUCUUAUGUUUGUACCUGGCAAAACAGAUACAAAAUCGUUACUGAGGUAGCAAAGAAUAUUCAGUUCUUUCUUCUGACUGCUAAGUGUAUGUGCAUACUUGUUUUAGCUAGUUUCCUUAAUAAAUCUUCUGAACACCA